AUUGUUACUGUGCUUAAGCUUUUUAUGCGUGGGCAAAGUAUGGAUUGUUUAGUGUAACAUGGCAAUUUUAUGAGCAACAUUGAAUUUGAACAUUUUUGGAAUCUUGUAAACUUAUGGAUUUUGAGAUUUGAGACCUCAGAAUGCCGGGCAUGGUUGCUUUUGGGCGUCGCUGGUCAACAGGAUCAGACGACUUGGUGGUACCUGCCCUGUUUCUGGCAGUCAUGCACUUGUGUUGGAUUAUUGCUUUCACAGUGAUUAUUGUUAAACACAACGAUGGUACCAAAGAUGCACAAGACAUUAUAUUGGGCUACAUUCUUAUAUUUUUACUUGGUGUCAUAUUGGAGUGUAUGGUAGCCUUUGUAAGCGUCCGAGGAAGCAUCCUGCAUACAGGGCCAAGAGAUAAUGUGCACUACCUUCUGUAUUGUCAUAUUGUUGUGAGCCUAGGAGAGCUGGGCUGGCUUGUGUUUGGGAUACGCUGGCUGGUGUUGCAUUUUGGGGGUCCUUUCAAGGUGGCCUUCUCUGCAAUCAUGGGGGUCAGCGUGUUCCAGGUGUGCUUGCUAUUCGUGCUGGUGCUGAUGCUGUGGUGCACAUACGACUCUGCAGGUAAGAAGUGGGUCCAGUUCACCCGGUAUGAGGCCAGCAUCAAGGAGAAGCGCCACUCACAGCACAGCAGGAAGAACUGGAGACACAGAAAAGCCAUGCGGGCGUAUGAAGAAAGCUGGGAUCGGCGCCUGGGAACCUACUGCUGUUGUGUGAAAACCAAUAACAAAAAUAGGACUUCCAUGUCAGAAAUAGCACACUUGUUCACCGAGUUCUUCAGAGACCUGGAUGUUGUUCCAUCUGACGUCAUAGCAGGGCUGGCUCUACUCAGACGCUUCCAAAAACAGCAAAUGUUCCUCACAAUUAAACAGGACUCAAACCCUAUUGAAAGGUACAUGUCAGGCAUACAGAUCACACCUAAUACAAAAUUUCUUCAGCUAGAUGACCCUAGUAACCUGCACCAGUUUCAACAGAUUACUCACUACAUGAGGUUUGCAAUGGGUGCCUAUGGCUGGCCACUGUACAUGAAGAUGAACACUGCCACAGGACUGUGUAGGGUGUUUCCAGACCUCAGAUGCUGUACAUGCAUGAGGGCCGAGCAGUCUGGCGAGGAUGCCCUAGUUCAGGACAACUGCUGCCAGUGUAAUGUGGCGGCCCUGAAACACAUGACCCAGCUGACUGACAAUGACCUUGUAUACGUCACCAACCAUGUGGAUAUUGGAGAAACACCAUUUUAUGUUGCCAUUGACCAGAAAUACAAGAAUGUGGUGAUUUGUGUACGAGGAACACUCUCUUUGCAGGAUGUGCUCACCGACCUGAAGGCAGAUGCAGAGUUAUUGCCCUUGGAAGAGGAACACCAGAACUGGGCUGCACAUAAGGGAAUGGUGCAGGCAGCAGUUUAUAUAAGAAACAAAGUAAACACUGAUGGAAUCUUGAAAAGAGCAUUUGAAAAAGCAGCACAGAAUACAAGAGAGGGAGAGGAGGAGUAUAAUCUGGUGGUGGUUGGCCACUCUCUGGGUGCGGGCACUGCAGCUAUAUUGGCUAUUCUACUCCAGCAGGAAUACAAGGGUCUCCACUGUUAUUCUUUCUCACCACCUGGAGGUCUCUUAAGCAAAGAGUGCAUGGAAGCAACCAAGUCCUUCAUAACAUCAAUUGUAUUGGGAAAAGAUGUCAUACCUAGGAUUGGACUUUAUCAACUGGAGCUGUUGACAGGUGACCUUGUGAAUGUUAUCAAAUGCUCAAAUGACACAAAGUGGAAGAUAAUUAUCCGGGCGCUUUGUUGUGGUACAAAGUCAGUUGGCAAGAUGACAUUAGAGGAGCUGCAGGAGAGUAUACAGAGGCAUGCCAGAGAGGUGAACACUUCAAGCACCAGUCCUGCAAUGUUUCCACCAGGAAGGAUAAUUCUUCUAGUUCGGAAGCACCACAUUUCUAAACGUGGUUGCUGUGGAAAAAAUGACCCCUCAUACCAGGCAUUGCUGGCGGAAAACAGUGACUUCCAGGAAGUGUUGGUCUCACCUACCAUGGUUACUGAUCACUUGCCUGACAAUGUGCUGGAAGCUCUUGAAAAGUGUCUAGAAAGUGUUGACACAACACAGCCGUCAUCCGCAGAGCAAACAAAACUGUGUGUAGAGACGGGGACCUCAUCUGCGUGAUAUAACUACUGUUUGGACUUCCAAAGCUUCUUCCAAGUCAACACUAUUGUGUUUGUUUUGCUGAGCUCGAGUCAGAAAUUAGUUUAGCAGAUCAAAUUGGAUUUAUACAAAGAGAUUACUGUAAUUGGUAUUUAUAGCUUUAUUAUUCACUGAAUACUCAAUGCUAAAAAUCUCACCCACUUGUUGGGGAUACCUUCAUCGUCUGCGUAAUGCUAUGGACUAGUAUGGUUCAGUUAAAUGUGUCAUUUCUCUAUAUCACUGUUUUCCUUACCAUGUUCCAUUAUCCUGACCUGAAAUUUAGCAAAAUAAUGAUUAUUUUUAGCGAGGCUGUUUUCGGAGAAAACCCCAGGUAUUGACAGCCUGCUUGCCGUCCGGCGUCGUGCUAAAACCUUUACAUUUGUUCUAAACCAAAGUGCUUCCACCUACAACUUUGAAACUUCAUAUGUAGAGGAAACCUUGAUGAGUUUUACACGCCACACCCAUUUUGGGUCACUAGUUCAAAGGUCAAAGUCACUGUGACCUCUAAAAAAAAAAAUAUCUGACAAGCUUUUGCAGCCGAGCGUGGCACCCGUUAUGCGGUGCUCUUGUUUAAUUCUAUAAUUCAGUUAAGUGUGCACCAUCCCUUUAUCACUGUUUCUUCUACAGGUCAUCAUUUGACUUCACACAAUAAUUUAUAGUGAUUGUGUGAGGUCACUUCUGUAGUCUUUCCCUGCAAUUUAGCUGCAGAAUGCCCAUAUGUGUACUCGAAUAUUCUGGUAAUAUAUUUAUGCAAUUACAAUUUACACUAUAUCUCUAAAGAUACUGAAUUAAAAUUUUACAUGAUAGUGUCUUAAUGAACAUUCACUGGCCAAAUCCUAGAACUGUGACCGGCAUUUUAGCAGUAUUAUGCAUCCUUUUGUGUUUAUAAAUGUCUGAAAUAUAGGUUAAGGUUUGCAUGGAAACAAUACUUAUGUUUGGGGAUAAUCAUGGGAGGUUACAAACUAAGGCCAUUCACUCACACCUUGAAAUAAACAGAGUUAUGCCCCAUGUGUACUUAGAAAAUUCAUAUAAACGUUUGUGUGCAAGAACUUCUGAACUGAUAUGUAAACUUAACAUGGGAUGCACUGUAGGCCAGUUGAGUCCAGGACAAGGUCACUUUUGCAUAAGAAGUUGAAAUGUAUUACAAAAAUGAGUUCAAUAGUUCCUAUAAGACAGAGAUAUUGUGCUGAAGUUUUUGUGAUGGAAGGAUACAUUCUAAUUGCGUGUGAGAUAGCAUCUGAGGUCAGUGGGGUAAAGGACACUGUUACUUACAACAGAAAAAAGAGUCUCCGCUCAAUAUCUUAGUUUGAACGGAGAUUUGUGCAUUUGCGUCACGUGGGAUCAAGGUCACUAUAACUAAAAAUAAAAAAUCAGUUUCUUGUCAUUAAAGUGUGUUUGUAUGGAGGUAUUGUGCUAUAUUUGUUCAGUAUUGAAUAAGGUGUCGUUUGGGGCAAGGUUGUUAUACCUAUAUAUAGACAAAAAGUUUCCGCCUAAUUAUCUCAACUUGAGGAAAUUAUUGUGCUGUAGGGUUCUGUGUAGGUAGCUUAUAUGCAAACUUUGCAUGCAAACUUAAUUAAAUUCAACCACAUUAACAGGUAACAUUUUGAAAACCUUAUUUCUUGGCAUAGUCACAUUUUGGUCAUUAUAAUAGGUAAUUGACAGUAAACAUACAUAAUACUGGAAAGAAUAUUUGUGUUUGCUCUUGUUAAUUAUUGUUUUUAACUGUCAGUGUAGAUCAUUGUCGGAACCCAAGUGCAAUCAGAUACGAUGUGUGUCUAAUACAUGUAAUGUAGGGACAACAUUAUAUAUAGCGUAGGUUCCAGCGAUAAACGUUUGUAUGCCUAUACUUGUUAGUGUUCUUAAACUUUAUAUAUUGGCUUACUGUGCAGGUAUUAAAUGUAAAUAUUAAGCGUAUUAUAAUAUUGAAGGUAUUUUAUUUAUUUAUAUUGGUGGUUUUUUGAGAGUAUUUAUAUAUAUUAAAUCUUCAUUGAGAUUAUUAGUUAAUAAAAUAUAGUAGAUUUGCUGUUUUAUUUUAAGUUUUAGGAGCAUGUCGCAUAUAUCCUUCUAGUAUUGUUAUUUUAUUUAGAUUUUUAGACAUAAAUACAUAAGAUAUUAACAUGUUUUGAAGCUUUUUAUGUUUUACCCGUGCAAAACAUUGUGUUUGGUGUUUAUCUAUUGUUAAUGUCCUUGAAAGAAGUUAUCGAAUUGUCUGUCCACUUUUGUCCGUCAGUCUGUCUAGCUUUUUGUGUGGAGAAUACUCAUGAAGUAUUGAGAGUAUUUAAAUGAAACAUGGUAAAUUCAUUGAGAUGAAUUGUAGAGAACAAGAAUUGGUAUUUUCGGAAUUAUUACACUUAGAGGCUUCUCUUCAUCCCCAAAAUAGAUCAUAAUACCUUUUUUCGGGCUACAACACUCAAUUUGGAAUGGUCAGUUUUCCAUAUAUUGCUGUAUCUAAUUGUGAUGGACUAGCUUCUCUGGUACUUUUCUUCCCAAUGGAAUCACAAAGUUCACUGCAGGUACUUCAGCUGUCACCAGAAACGGACUAUUCAAAGCUAGCUCGCACCAACCUUUCGCGUUUAAUGUAGCACCACAAAAAUAUCACUCCGUUCAUACAUAUGGAAGUAAAGGCACAAGUCAAACAUUUGUAUGCCCCCCUUCGAAGAAGAGGGGGUAUAUUGUUUUGCUGGAUGUCGGUCUGUCGGUAGACCAGUUCGUUUCCGAUCAAUAACUUGUAAACAAAUCGACUGAUUGGCUUGAUACUUCACAUGUGCAUUGGUCUUUGACAGUAGAUGACCCCUAUUGGAAUUGGGGUCAAUAGGUCAAAGGUCAAGGUCACUGUCACAAGAAGUGUGAAAAUUGUUUCUGAUCAACGAAUUUACCGAUUGGCUUGAUACUUUGCAUGUGCAUUGGCCUUAUACAGUAGAUGACCCCUAUUGAAAUUGGGGUCAUUGGUCAAAGGUCAAGGUCACUAUCACAAUAAGUGUAAAAUUGUUUCCAAUCAAGAACUCAUCAACCAAUUGACCGAUUGGCUUGAUACUUUCCAUGUGCAUUGGCCUUGGACAGUAGAUGACCCCUAUUGAAAUUUGAGUCACUAUGUCAAAGCCCUGUUUGGGGGGCAUAUGUCUCCGACCGCGAAACUCUUGUUUUACUUCGAUUGGGGUUGGCGGCCCAUAGUUUUAUUGCAACCCCAUUUGCUAUAGGAUUGCGUUUGCUAAUAAAUUUGAUGGGUUCCCUUCUGUAUCGUGUUUGGCUUUAACAUAACCAAACAUGCCAUCUUCUGCUAGUCGCAUCUCCCAGCCAAGCAGUUAUCACGUUCGGCAAUACAAGUUUUAAUUUAAAAACAGUCUCUCUGUAUGAUCCAAUCAAGCAAUCUAGGUACAGAUCCCAUCUUUCUCUUUGUCAGUGAGAAAGUGCUCUUAACAUCUUCAUUAGGGAUCGGGCUCUUUAAACCUAUCAGCCUGGUCAUUUCCCCGAUGAUUUGGAAGACGACUGGGUCUUUUUAAGGUCAUAAGAACACACCAAUCUUAGCUCAUCUGGCUCUCAGAUGCUGUCCGUUGGCCAUGUUUAUAUUACCAGGGGUAAACCCCACCCCGUAGAAACUGGCGAUAACAGGAAUAUUUGUUCAUAUAUAAAUCUUUGCACUUAUCUUCGUUUUUUUAUUAUACCCCCGGUAGGGUGGCAUACAGAAGUUGAACUGUCUUUCUGUCAGUCCGUCCGUCCGUCCGAAAACUUUAACAUUGGCCAUAACUUUUGCAAUAUUGAAAAUACCAACUUGAUAUUUGGCAUGCAUGUUUAUCUUAUUGAGCUGCGCAUUUUGAGUGGUGAAAGGGCAAGGUCAAGAUCAACCUUUAAGGUCAAAGGUCAAAAAAAAAUCCAAGGUGAGGAACAAGCUUUAAAGGGAGAUACUUUCUAUUUAUCAUUUGGCAGGUUCAGAUCUUUUUUUACAAGGGAAGUAAUAUUUUUUAAAGGGAUAUAAUAAUAAAAAUAUUUCAUUCAAAGCGGCGCAGUAGAGGGCAUUGUGUUUCUGACAAACACAUCUCUUGUUACACUUCAUGUGGUAUUCAGAUCCCUAUAGAGUGCAUAUUUGCAUUCGUGUCAGAUCGUUCUGGUCCUAACAGUUUUAAGGGGGGGGGGGGGGGGGGGGGGCUGGGCUAUUAUUUGUAAGUCAUUUUCCUUUCGUUCACUUCCAGUGGGUUUUCAUGGAGUAAUGGCACCUUUAAUAAAUGGGUUUUUGACCACACAACUAAACCCAAAUAUUAACAAAUCAUGUGGGAGCAUCCAUCCGUUUCAAUGAUAUUCUUGUGUUUCUUGUGUGGAGCAAGUAUUAAUAUUCAAGUGUACGUUUUCAAAUGAAUCUUCAUAUGAUCAUAGUUUGUCUUCAUCAUUAAAAGGUAAAUAUUCUUCAUUAAUAUUUCAUUUAGCAAGAGUUAAUUUCAUAGGUAUUGAUGGGGUUAAAAUAAAACUUUGUUUAUUUAGAGGAAGUGUUAAUGUCAAAUACCAUAAUUUUUUUUUUUAUAUUGAUAUAUAUAUGACCCAUUGUUUAAUUCUUUUCGUGCAAAGCAUAUUUGUUAGUAUGAACUGUAAUGAUAUUAAAAUUCAUAUAUCAAUAAAGGACAUUGCGAUUUCUGUGUUUUCAAAAAAAAAAAUUAAACAUCUGUUUUCCCCAUUUCUUGAAAUCACGUUUUCACUUGUGAUCCAAAAUGAUACUUAGGGGGCAUUAGGUGCCUAGGGUGACAACACUUGCUUAAUUACGUUAUGUUUAAACUAUUUGUUUACAUAAUUAGUUGGAUGUUAAAUGUAUGUGCAAUAUGAUUUGAAACUGUUGAAUUAGAUCCUUAAUAAACUGUUAUGUUAAAGUCAACAUGUGCUGCCGAGUUGUAAUUUUAACCUUAGCACAUUUAUAUAUUAGCAAUCAUGUUCUCCAACAAUAUGCAUUUUUAUGCUCCCAGUAGAAUGGCAUAUAGCAGUUGAACUGUCCGUCAGUCAGUAUGUCAGUAUGUGUGUACAUCCGUCCGUCCGUCCGAAAAAAAACUUUAACAAUGGCUAUAACUUUUGCAUUAUUGAGAUAGAAACUUGAUAUUUGGCAUGCGUGUGUACCUCAUGGAGCUGAACAUUUUGAGUGGUGAAAGGUGAAGGUCAAGGUCAUCCUUCAAGGUCAAAUGUCAAAUAUAUGGCUUCUGUCCGUCCGAAAACUUUAACACUGGCCAUAACUUUUUCAAUAUUGAAGAUAGCAACUUGAUAUUUGGCAUGCAUGUGCAUCUCAUGGAGCUGAACAUUUUGAGUGGUGAAAGGUGAAGGCGAAGGUCAUCCUUCAAGGUCAAAUGUCUUAUUUAUGGCGUCUGUCCGUCCGUCCAAAAACUUUAACAUUGGCCAGUACUUUUUCACUAUUAAAGAUAGCAACUUGAUAUUUGGCAUGCAUGUGUAUCUCAUGGAGCUGAACAUUUUGAGUGGCAAAAGGUGAAGGUCAAGGUCAUUCUUCAAGGUCAAAUGUCAAAUAUAUGGCGUCUGUCCGUCAGAAAACUUUAACAUCGGCCAUAACUUUUUCAAUAUUGAAGAUAGCAACUUGAUAUUUGUCAUGCUUGUGUAUCUCAUGAAGCUGCACAUUUUUAGUGGUGGAAGUUCAAGGUCAAGGUAAUCCUUCAAGGUCAAAGGUCAAAAAAAUAUAUUCAAAGCGGCGUUCUCAUGAAGCUGCGUAUUUUGAGUGGUGGAAGUUUAAGGUCAAGGUCAUCCUUCAUGGUCAAAGGUCAAUAAAAAAAUAUAUAAUUUCAAAGCGGAGUUCUCAUGAAGCUUCAUAUUUUGAGUGGUGAAAGUUCAAGGUCAAGGUCAUCCUUCAAGGCCAAAGGUAAAAAAAAAUAAAAAAACAUUCAAAGCAGCGCAAAAGGGGGCAUUGUGUUUCUGACGAACACAUCUCUUGUUUUAUAUAAAAACGAUUGUAUAACAA